CAACAAUAGUGCAGCCCAUGAAGCCAAAAAGAUUAUAAGAAACCUUACAUAGCUUUGUUUUAUAUUACAGCAGUAAAUUCCACAAAUAUACUGCUGAGCAGAUCGUUCUGGUGGCAAACUGGCUUUCUUUUGCACAACCAUUACGAAUUCUCCCUUUCAUAAUCUAAUAAAAUCGUUAAAAUAAAUUUAUCCGUAACCAUGAGUAAUAAUUAAAUCGAUCAUAGAAAAAGGUGAUCGUAAUCGUCAGAGUAAUAACUCCUUCGAUAGCGCACCUAGCGGAACUUUGUAAUACAUUACUGUCGGUCAUAACCUUUGUUUCCCUUUUUAAAAGAAAAGAAGUUUUCAAGGAAAUUACGCAAUUACCUUAAAGCAACUACCUUAAAAUCAUGGAAAAAAUGACGAAUAAGGGACUGCCGGGACAGCUUAUUUAUAUUGUAGUUUUUGUCAGUCUUACAUUAAUUAAUGCUGUAAAUUCAGAGCAAGAACCAAAGGAGGAUUUAACUACGCUUAGUAUUUUAAAAACUGAUACAACAAAGACUAGGGAAGAAAAUAUGGGAUUCCUGCAUGGAUUUGUUGCUUCGAUAUCAGUUAUUUUGGUAUCAGAAUUAGGUGAUAAAACGUUUUUUAUUGCAGCCAUUAUGGCUAUGAAACAUCCCAGACUAACAGUUUUUACUGGGGCCAUGACUGCGCUGGCUAUAAUGACUGUUUUAUCAGCUUUGUUUGGAUGGGUGGCUAAACUAAUUCCAAGAGUGUAUACCUUUUACAUAAGCACAGCAUUAUUUGCUAUUUUUGGUUUGAAGAUGUUAAAAGAAGCUUAUCACAUGUCAGGAUCAGAAGCACAGGAAGAACUGGAAGAGGUACAAAUGGAUUUACGACGAAGAGAUGAAGAAUUGGAAAGAGAAUCAUUGUCAGAUAUAGAAAGUAGAACACCAAAACAUCAAAAAGGUUUAGCUGCAUUUCUAGCUGUGUCACGUAUAUUUCUUCAAGCACUGACGUUAACUUUUCUGGCUGAAUGGGGAGACCGAUCUCAGCUGACAACAGUUUUAUUAAGCGCAACGGAAGAUGUAUUCGGGGUUAUUACUGGAGGCAUAUUAGGGCAUUUUGUAUGUACAGGAGUAGCUGUAAUAGGCGGCCGAUUAAUAGCACAAAAGAUAUCAGUUCGGACGGUAACGAUAAUUGGUGGAAUAGUAUUCUUGCUAUUUGCACUUUCUGCAUUUUUCGUCGACCCAAAUGCCAAAUGAUGAACGAAAAUUUACAACAUAGGAGGAUGCAGUACGCCUAAUUAAUUUUAUUACGUGAAAAAACCUAAUUUUUUCGU